AUGCACAGAUCGAUGCUAGAGGAGGUGGAUCCACAGCUGAAGAUGGGUGAGGCUGUUGACGGUGUCACGCGGCAUGCAGCUGGGUUGGCGGCGGAAAUACCCCAGCCCUCACCCCAAAAAACGACGACAGCCAGGACGCGGCGAUCUUGGAGAAGGCGUCCCUUCCCCGCCUCAAAUCCGCCACCGCCCUACCGUCGGAGGCUUCUGGAUCUCGGAUGGCGUCGCGGCGGCGGCGACGGCGGGGUGCAGCUCGCCGACAAGCUCAAGAUCUUCAAGACCGACAACUUCGACCCCGACGCCUACGUGCAGUCCAAGUGCCAGACCAUGAACGAGAAGGACGAGCCUGUGAUCGUGGUUCGUAUGGAGGUACGGGAAAUGCGAUUUGGGGCCUCGAUCAGUGUUCACAUUCAGGAAAUAAGACAUUUGUGCUCCUAUCUGCAAGAUCUAAAGAAGGCUUCAGCUGAAGAAAUGCGCAGAAGUGUUUAUGCAAAUUAUGCUGCAUUCAUCAGAACAUCGAAGGAGAUAUCCGACCUUGAAGGCGAGCUCUUGUCAAUUAGAAAUUUACUCAAUACACAGGCGGCUUUAAUCCAUGGUCUAUCUGAAGGAGUUCAGAUAGAUUCCCUGACUUCGGGUACUGAAGGUUCUACAGAAGAGGACAUAUCCAAUGUUGAAGGCCAGGAGCCUUCAGAAAUACAGAAAUGGUCUGCAGAUUUCCCUGACAUGCUUGAUGUUUUGCUAGCUGAGAGAAGAGUGGAUGAAGCGCUAGAUGCACUAGAUGAAGCGGAGCGAGUUGCUGCAGACCGGACACAAACUCUAACUACAGCUGAAAUUUCGGCUUUGAGAAGUGCCGUCUCUGAUAAUCGUCAAAAGCUGGCAGACCAGCUUGCUGAAGCUGCCUGUCAGUCUUCUACUCGUGGCAUUGAGCUCCGUGCUGCCGCUUCUGCUCUCAAAAGGCUUGGUGAUGGCCCUCGAGCUCACAGUCUAUUACUCAGUGCACAUAAUCAAAGGCUUCAAUGUAAUUUGCAAACAAUACAUCCGUCAAGCACCUCAUAUGGUGGGGCAUAUACUGCUGCACUUGCUCAGCAAGUUUUUUCAGUUGUAGCUCAGGCGCUCAGUGAUUCUGUGGAAGUUUUUGGCGAUGAGUCAUGUUAUGCAUCUGAGCUGGUUACAUGGGCUACACAGCAGGUUUUGUCCUUUGCACUCCUGGUAAAGAGGCAUGUGUUGUCUUCUUGUGCAGCCGCUGGAGGCUUGAGAGCAGCUGCAGAAUGUGUUCAAAUAUCAAUUGGCCAUUGUUCCUUGCUGGAAGCUCGUGGUCUAUCUGUUUCUGCUGUCCUCCUGAAGCAGUUCAAGCCCAGUCUUGAGCAAGCAUUAGAUGCUAACUUGAGGAGAAUCGAAGAGAGUACUGCUGCACUUGCUGCAGCAGAUAACUGGACACUCACUUAUCCCCCAAAUGGUAUUCACCCAUUAGCUAGAUCUUCUGUUGCUAAUUUGGCACUUCAACCAAAGCUCUCGAGCAGUGCACAUCGUUUCAAUUCUAUGGUUCAGGACUACUUUGAGGAUGUCACACCACUCCUUAGCUUGCAGUUAGGGGGUUCAACAAUGGAUGGGAUUGCAAAAAAUUUCAGCUUGUACAUCAAUCUGCUCAUAAGUGCAUUACCUGGAUCAAUGGAUGACGAAGCUAACAUAGAUGGUUUAGGCAAUAAGAUUAUUUUAAUGGCAGAGACUGAGGAACAGCAGUUGGCUUUAUUAGCCAAUGCAUCUUUACUUGCUGAGGAAUUGCUACCUAGAGCAGCUAUGAAGCUGUCAUCUAUAAACCAGUCCAGCAUGGAUGAUUUGCGUAAAAGAGGACCAGAUAAGCAAAACCGUGUGCCCGAGCUACGAGAAUGGAAAAGGAAAUUACAACGCAUGGUGGACAGGUUGAGAGAUAGUUUCUGCAGGCAGCAUGCUCUUGAACUAAUAUUUACAGAUGAAGGUGAUACCCAUCUCAGUGCAGAAAUGUAUAUUAGUAUGGAUAAUACUGUUGAAGAGCCAGAGUGGGUCCCAUCUCCAAUUUUCCAGGAACUGUAUGCAAAGCUAAAUAGGAUGGCAGGCGUUGCUGCAGAUAUGUUUGUUGGUAGAGAAAGAUUUGCUACUUUGCUAAUGAUGCGGCUCACUGAGACAGUUAUCCUUUGGCUCUCGGAGGAUCAGGCCUUCUGGGAAGAGAUCGAGCAGGGACCAAAGCCUUUGGGCCCCCUUGGUCUUCAGCAGUUCUACCUGGAUAUGCAAUUUGUCAUCAUCUUCGGACAAGGUCGAUUUUUGUCUAGACAUGUGCAUCAAGUCAUAUUGGAUAUCAUUGAUAGAGCAAUGGGUGCCUUUUCUGCUACCGGAAUGAAUCCUGAUAGUGUCCUUCCCGGCGAUGAUUGGUUCAUGGAUGUCGCUCAAGAGGUUGUCGGCAUGAUCAGUGGAAGGGGUAGGGCUGCCAAUGGGGACAGGGAGAUUAACAGCCCGACUGCCUCUGUUUCAGCACACUCUAUGUCAUCGUUCAGAUCCCAUGGCAGCUCUUAG